UAUUGAAUAUAUGUAAUGUUUAUAUUGACUUUCCUUUCCCCCCCAGGCUACAAGCCGUGUGAUCCUCAGGUGAUCCGGGACAGGGUGCAGCACCUGGACCUGUGCUACCAGGAGCUCUGCGCGCUGGCGGCCCAGCGGAGGGCUCGCUUGGAGCAGUCCCGCCUCUUCUGGAACUUCCUGUGGGAGACGGCGGAGCUGGAGAGCUGGAUCCGAGAGAAGGAGCACCUCUUCUCCUCCCUGGAUUACGGCAAGGACCUGACGAGUGUGCUGGUGCUGCAGAGCAAACACAGCGCCUUCGAGGACGAGCUCGGGGCCCGCCGUGCAAACCUGGACCAGGUCCAGGCCGAAGGACAGAAGAUGAUCGAGGCCGAGCACUACGGCUCCCCGAAGGUCCAAGAACGCAUGGACGACAUCAGGAGGCAGUGGCAGCAGCUGGAGGAGCUGGCUGCGUUCCGGAAACAGAACCUCCAGGACACCCAGAGGUUCUUCCAGUUUCAGGGAGACGCAGAUGAACUCAAGGCCUGGCUGCUGGGAGCAAAGAGGCAGAUGAGCAGUGACGACGUGGGCCACGACGAGUACACCACUCAGAGGCUGCUGAAGAAGCACAGGGACCUGAAGAAUGAGACGACAAAGAACGGAGCCACCAUAGAUGCUCUGUCCAAACAGGCCAACGCGCUGCCGGAGGAGCUGCAGAACACGCCGGACAUUCAGAGACGCCUGAAAGACAUUAAGGACCUGUUCAUGGAGCUCAUGUCUCUGGCCGACCUGAGGCAGAAGAAGCUGGAUGACGCCAUGUCCCUGUACACCAUCUUCAGUGAGACAGACGCCUGCGAGCUGUGGAUGGGGCAGAAGGAGACGUGGUUGGUGGGUUUGGAAGUGCCUAAGAAACUGGAGGAUCUGGAAGUAGUACAGAAUAGGUUGAGCAUUCUUGCUCAAGAUAUGGCAAAUGUUCAGUCGAGAGUUGAUGACGUGAAUCAAGCCGUGAAACAGCUCGAGGACAGCAGACACCCUCGCACUAGAGAGGUCAAGGAAUGUCAGAUGCGACUGAAUAAGAGGUGGGAGGCCUUCAAGGCCAUGGUGGAGGACAAGAAGAGGAAAGUGGAUUCUGCCGCUAGUCUGAACAACUACGGGCUGGAGUGUGACGAGACAGAGUCCUGGAUCAAAGACAAGACUCGGGUGAUCGAGUCCACGGUGGACCUGGGCAACGACCUGGCAGCCGUCAUGACCAUCCAGAGGAAGCUGUUCGGCAUGGAGAGAGAUCUGGCUGCCAUCGAAAACAAGCUCACCUUCCUGAGGAACGAGGCCGACCAGCUGGCUAAAGAUCACCCGGAGAGCGCUGGAGACAUCCUGGCCCGCAGAGGGGAGCUGGACGCAGCCUGGGACGAGCUGAAAAAGACUCUGAAAGACAGAGAGGACUCUUUGGGUGAGGUCAGCAAGUUACAGACCUUCCUCCAAGACAUGGACGACUUCCAGUCCUGGCUUUUCAAGACCCAGAAGUCUGUGGCUUCAGAGGAAAGUCCCGCCACGCUGCCGGAGGCCGAGGAGCAGCUCAGCCUUCACGACGCUGUGCGAGAAGACAUCAACAACCACGAGGAGGACUAUCACCAAGUGAGGGACACCGGGACGCAGGUCACCCAGGGCCAGGAGGACGAUCCUCAGUACCAGCAGCUGGAGCAGAGGCUCAACGGGCUGGACCGAGGGUGGGUCGAGCUGCAGAAGAUGUGGGACAACCGGAAAGGUUUCCUGGACCAGGGUCUGGGCUUCCAGCAGUUCAUGAGGGACUGCAAGGCUGUAGAGGCCAUCCUCAACAACCAGGAGUACACAUUGGCCCACAUAGACAAGGCCGACACGUCUGCUGGGGCAGAGAAGGCUCUGAAGAAGCAUGAGGACUUUGUGAGCACCAUGGAGGCCAACGAGGACAAGGUAGACGGCGCUCUGCAGGGCGGCCAGCGGCUGGUGGACAGCAGGAACCUGUACUCUGGGAAAGUGCAGGAUAAAACUGACUCAAUCCGAGACAGGCAUAACAAGAAUAAGAGGAGAGCCCAGGAGGUGUCGGAGAAGCUCAGAGACAACCGCGACCUGCAGCACUUCCUGCAAAACACCCAGGAUCUGACUGUGUGGAUCAACGAGAAGAUGCUGACGGCUCAGGACACGUCGUACGACGAGGCCAGGAACCUGCACAGCAAGUGGCUGAAACACCAGGCCUUCAUGGCUGAGCUGGCCUUCCACCAAGGCUGGCUGGACAAACGUGGACCAGGCGGCCUCGGCGGCAAGUGUGACGCUGCUCUGUCACUCUGGAUUGAGGAGAGGAUGCCCCUGGCAAUGUCACAGGAGCACGGCCACAAUCUUCAAACUGUGCAAAUGCUGCUGAAAAAGAAUCAGACGCUGCAGAGGGAGAUCGAGGGCCACCAGCCUCGAGUCGAGGAAGUGUUGGAGCGAGGGAGGAGGAUGUCGGCGGCCGCCAGCGCAGAGGGCCGACCGGAGGCUGAGCGAAUCACAGAGCAGCUGAAGGACCUGGAGGAGGCGUGGGCCCGCCUCCAGGACGAGAUGACCAAUCGCAGAGAGCGGCUGAAGGGCUCCAGCUCCGGCCAGCAUUACUACAACGACGCGGACGAGGCCGAGGCCUGGAUCGGAGAACAGGAGCUCUACAUGAUCGCUGACGAGAAGGCCAAGGAGGGUCAGGAGCUCAUGGAGUCCAAACCUGAGCUGGAGCCCAUCGUGAAGGAGCGUCUGGACAAACUUCACGAGCUGUGGGACACGCUGGAGUCCACCACCCAGGAGAAGGCUCGCCUGCUGUUCGACGCAAACCGCUCCGAGCUUUACGACCAGAGCCUCACGGACAUGAAGACGUGGCUCGGGGGUCUGAAGCAGCAGCUGCAGAGCGGGGAGGAGGACGUCAAAGACCUGACGAAAGCCAACAUCCUGCUCAAGAAGCAUCAGAUGACGGAGAACCAGGUGCGUGAGCGGGCGCGGGAGCUGGAGGAGCUCCAGGAGGCGGUGAGGAAGCACGGGGGGGGCAGAGAGGAGCAGCCGGAGCUGGAGGCGGAGCAGCAGGCCCUGCAGAGCGGCUUCCAGCAGCUCCUCACCCCUCUGACGCAGCGCAGGGGCAAGCUGGAGGCCGCCAAGGCCCAGCACCAGUUCUACAGAGACCUGGCCGACGAGCUCGUAAGCAUGGACUCAUAUUUCUGUCAUGUCUCGGAAGAUUAUUUAAAGGUCACCUAUUAUGCAAAAUCCACUUCUUCAUGUCUCUUCGACGAGCAGAGUGCCAUGCUGAUGCUGAAGCGCCACUUGGUCCUGAAGCAGAACGUGGACGACUACGCCGACUCCAUCCAGAGUCUGGCUGACCGAGCCCAGAGGAUGUUGGCUGAGGACCAUCCUGAUGGAGAGGAGAUCAUCAGGCGACAGGGUCAGGUGGAUAAGCAGUACGCGGGGCUGAAGGAGCUGGCGGAGGACCGCAGGCUGAAGCUGGACCACACCUACCACCACUUCCUGCUGAGCCGAGAGGUGGAGUACCUGGAGCAGUGGAUCUCAGAGAAAGACGUGGUGGCCUCCUCGCAGGAGAUGGGCCAGGACCUGGACCACGUCACGCGUCUGAGGGAUAAGUUCAGGGAGUUUGCGCGGGAGACGGGGAUGGCGGGUCAGGACCGAGUGGACAUGGUGAACGAGACGAUAGACGACCUGAUCGAGGCGGGACACACCGAGGCGGCCACCAUGGCGGAGUGGAAGGACGCCAUCAACGAGAGCUGGGCCGACCUGCUGGAGCUCAUCGACACGCGCUCCCAGCUCCUCACCACAUCCUACGAGCUGCUCAAGUACUAUGACGAUGGAAAGGAGUUAGUGGCUCAGAUCCACGACAAGCAGAAAGAGCUGCCUGAAGAUGUGGGAGAGGACUUCAGUAAGGCCGAGUCCUUCCACAGGAUGCACGCAGCCUUCGAGAGAGACAUCACUGCUCUCGGCAAACAGGUUCAACAGUUCCAGGAGACCGCCUCGCGGCUGCAUGCCCAGUACGCAGGCAGCCAGGCGGACACCAUCCAGGCCACAGAGCGAGAGGUGCUGGAGGCCUGGAGGGGCCUGCUGGACGCCUGCGAUGGCCGCCGCGCACAGCUGGUCGACACCGCUGAGAAGUUCCGCUUCUUCACCACGGUGCGAGACCUGAUGGCGUGGAUGGAGAGCAUCAUCCAGCAGAUAGACACUCAGGAGAAACCCAGGGAUGUCUCGUCCGUGGAGCUCCUGCAGAAGUACCACCAGGGGAUCCGCUCGGAGAUCGAGGCCAGGGGAGGCAAAUUCACCGACUGCAUAGACCUGGGGAAAGCCCUGCUGACUCGAAAGCACCGAGACUCUGCUGAGAUCAAAGAGAAGAUGGUGCAGCUGAUAGACAAAAGGAAGGAGAUGAUGUUCAAGUGGGAUGACAGAUGGGACUGGCUCAGACUCUGUGAGUAA